AUGAUCUGGUCCGGGCCCAGGAGCGUCAUGUUCAAGACGUAUGAGGGCAAGCGAGUCCAUCCACUUGACGGCUGCUCAAGCAUUGGAUUGGAGGAUGGGGAUCGGCUAUUUGUUUACCAAUGCGAGCAGUUUGUGACAGCUCCAACGAAAGGAGUAGAUUCCGUGGGGGCCGACCUCAGCAGAUUGUUAUUCAGUGCGCAUCUGAGUGAUGUCACCCUCGAGGUUGGACCAGAGCGCGAGCGCAUCUGCGCCCACCGAUGCAUCUUGGCGUCCCGCUCCCCAAAGUUCGAGGGCCUCUUCUCUGGACAAUUCUCUGAAUCCAGCGCGGCAGAGGUUAAAGUGGGCGUCGGAUUUCAAAGCCGGGAAAUGCACACUAGUGCACUCGCGAGUGCAUACGCCCACUUUAAGCUGCCUACUCAAGAGGCGCCAGUCUUCAAACUUCUCCUAAGCUACCUGUACACGAAUAAGGUCGACAUGCCCUCCACCACAGCAGCGGUUCUGGCGCUUCUCGUGAUGGCAGACGAGUACCUUUGUGGAGCCCUGAAGAAGCUGUGUGAGGAGGAGCUUCUUCAACGGCUGUCAUUGGAGAACGUGUGCGACUUGUAUUGCGCGGGGACGCUGCACGGAUUGCAAGAAUUGGUCGAUAUCUCAAAGCGGCUUAUCGUCAGCAACUUUCACGACCUCCCCGACGAGGGGCUCGAGUUGCUCAAACAGAAGCCCGAUUUGCUUCUUGAUGUCGCUCGUUCCGGAAUAAGACCCAGAAAGCGAGCUCGCACAAGUAGAUGAGUGACGGUACAAUAGUCGAGACUUCACAAGUGGUGGUCAUGUAAACAAGCAGUUUCCUUGUCAUGAGCGAUGAACAGGUGCUGUCGGCUGGAAGACCCCGGGGUAAGUGGCGCAGGUUGGUAACAGGUAUGUAUAUCUAUGUAGAUCUUAAAGAGACACUGAAUGAUCAGUUCAUUGUGAGAGUAUAUGGGUAAUUGAGUUGCAUGCCCGUCAAGGUAGGUGAUCAAGUGCUUGUCACGAAGUGUUGCUGUGCAUAAGCAACUGCAUCGCAAAACGCUCUUUUGAGGGACCUAAGCAACUCUUGCAUCGGGUAGGCCGCCGCGUACAUGAAGUAGGCCUCAAUUAGACCAAGUGUACCGUUUCCACACAAUAUGGUGGUGCGCCAACAGACAAUGAUGCUGGCAGUGUCGGACCCUAUACACACUGGGGCGAGUCGAGCUAGGUGUGUAAUGUAUACUGAGCAUCCGACUUUGCGAGGUUGUGUACAGUUUCAUUGCUUAAGAAUCAAAUGACGAUCACUAGGUUCACGACAUGUGCCAUUGAUAUUGUUAGGUACCUUGGCGCUGGG